AAAAAAAAUACAGUAUGAAGACAACAAUGGCGGCGGUACAUUUAGCGAAAUUAUUUUUCCGAUGUGUCGUACGUUAUUCUGACCGUGAAUAUAAACGUUGAAAUAAAAAUAAUUAUUAAGAUCUAUAAGAACUUGGUAAAAAAAUGAAUCAACAAGGUGGGUCAGAAGCCGACGAAGGUGCCGAUGAAGGUGAAUCUUCUUCCUCGCCCAGAGUCCAGGAUGCACUAGCUAAUUUUCGAGAACAGUGGCAGCGAGAAUUAAAGAUAUCUCCUAAAAAAGAAGUACCGAGUCAUUCAAAGUCUGGUAAGACAUCAAGCAUUGAAACCUAUGAGCUGUCAACAGAAGACAAGGCUAAAGAUUUAUUUCUAAAAGGAAUUGAGUACGAACGAAAUGGAGAGCUGUAUGACGCAAUAAGGUUCUAUAAACGCGCUGUAUCGCUGGUGCCGGAUAUCGAGUUUAGGCUUUACGAGUCUAUGAAGCCCAAAAAUAAAGAAAAAAUCGAGAAAAAUGAAGACAUACAAAUUGUUGAAUAUCCUGGUGAAUCGUACGGUAUCGACGAGGUUGAUGUGCGUGAAGAUGGUGCACUUGUCGUCAAACUAUCAAGAAUUAUUAAUAAAAAUCAAUGUCUCUGUUUUCCACGUUUUGAGCAGAGCAUGACACAUAUAUCUGCGCUACCUCUAGAAAUAAUUUUGUACAUACUACGUUGGGUGGUAUCUUCAGAGCUGGAUAUGCGUUCCCUGGAAAUGUUUUCCCGGGUAUGUCGCGGAUUUUUUAUUUCAGCACGUGAUCCAGAGAUAUGGAGGCUUGCUUGUGUAAGAGUUUGGGGUGUAAACUGCGGGCAGUAUAAGCUAAGGUAUCGUUCCUGGAGGGACAUGUACUUGAAACGUCCUAGAUUACAAUACAACGGAUGCUACAUCAGCAAGACAACGUACAUCAGGCAGGGAGAAAAUAGUUUUCAGGAUGAAUUUUAUCGGCCUUGGCAUCUUGUUGAAUAUUUUAGAUACGUCAGGUUUUUUCCAGAAGGGCGUGUUUUAAUGUUAACAUCGACUGACGAUGCCCAAAACUGUGUUAAUGCAUUAAAAUAUCGUAAUCCACGUAAUCUUGCUGUAUUGAUUGGCCAUUAUAGACUUCAUGAUAAUCGCGUUACGUUGGUUAUGAAAAAACAGGAGUCUAAGAGUAAUAUUAAUCAUAAUUACAAAAAGAAAAAACGAGAAAUUGUUCACGACAGUGGAGAACAAACUUUUCACUUGGAGUUGGAAAUCCAAAGCUUGCAUAAAAGAAAAAAUUGGCAGCUGCCCUGGAUACGUUACAACAUAUUUACGCAGUACAGAAAUGGCCAGCAAGCGACAACGUGCUUGAAUGUUUUCAAUCGUUAUCCAUCGCUGAAAUUCAGUAGAGUAAAAAGUUAUACUCAAGAAAGCGACCGGCCCCUGCAAUAAAUCCAGCUCUGAAAUAAAUUUAUUAUUUACUAAAAAAUUAAUUGAAUACAUAAUAUAUUUUAUAGGGAUUAAAAAAUAAAAUCAUAUAAUUUUUGAAAAGUUUAUUGCAAGAAAUCGAAACAUUAGAGUUUAACUAUAAUUUGUUUAAUUAGUAUAUAUGUGUUUAAAGUUUUUAAAGAUAAGAGCAAUUAUUCAUUCUAUAAAUUUAAAUGACGUCUAAAAAUUCAGGUAUAAAAUAUUAAUAUUAUC